GGCGCGCGGCGCCCAGCAGUGCAGCGCGUGCGGCGGGGCACACGACAAGGCGGGAUGCCAAUUUGCUCGUUAUGUAUGCAGGGUAUGCAAUAGACAGGGGCAUUUAAAGCGUAUGUGUCCCAAUAUGACGGAGCAUCACGAUGUUCAUGCCAUUGCCGACACCGUCUUGUAUGAGGAAAAUGCGUGCAGUGAAGACAGUGACGAGUUCCAGAUUCUCUGAAGUGUUUGCGGACGGCCUGGGGCGGUUCACCGGCGGCAAGGUCAGCAUCCACCUGCGUGCGGAUGCCCGGCCUGUGUUCCUGCGCGCGCGCCCCCUGGCGUACGCGCUGCGCGAGCCGGUGGAGCGCGCGCUGGAGCAGCUGGUGCGCGACGGCGUGCUCACCCCCGUCGACCGCUCCGACUGGGCCACGCCUAUCGUGCCGGUCGUUAAAAAAGACGGUAACAUACGUAUCUGCGCUGAUUUUAAAAUGACUUUGAACCGGGUUUUAGAGGUUGACCGUUAUCCGCUACCUAGGGUGGAGGAUUUAUUGGCACGUUUACAUGGGGGGGAGCGUUUCAGCAAGAUUGAUCUUUCGCAGGCCUACGCACAGUUUGAGCUCGAUGAAUCUAGAAAAUAUACGGUAAUAAAUACUCACAAGGGGUUAUUUAUGUACAACCGCUUAGUGUACGGCCUGUCAUCUAGCCCCGGCGUAUUCCAAAGACAUCUAGAACAAUUAUUUGCUGACCUGCCGCACGUGGGCGUAUUUCUGGAUGACGUCAUUAUUACGGGUAGUAAUACGGAAGCCCACGUCGACAACUUAUAUAAAGUAUUUGAGCGAUUGCAGGCACAUGGUUUGCGGGUCAGAAAAGAUAAGUGCGCGUUCUUUGAAGAAUCGAUCAAUUAUUUGGGGCAUGUCAUUAGCAAGGAGGGUGUCCACACGUGUCCGGAUAAGAUUAGGGCCAUCGUGAAUACCCCGGCACCCAGCAACGUGUCGGAGGUUCGAGCGUUCGUGGGUAUGAUAAUGUAUUACGCGAAGUUUAUAAAAAACGUUAGUACGUUGCUUACACCAUUGUAUAAUUUGUUAAAGGCCGGAACCAAAUUUGUUUGGAGCGCGAGUUGUCAGGAGGCGUUCGUCAAGGUCAAACAAGUGUUGACUUCGAGUGAAGUUUUGGUGCACUAUUCGGGUUCUCUGCCGUUAGUUCUGACAUCAGACGCAUCCGGGGUGGGGAUAGGUUGUGUUAUAUCACACCUCACGCCAGAGGGCGAGCGACCGGUGGCUUACGCGUCGCGUACUCUUACCUCGGCCGAGCGUGCGUACGCGCAGAUUGAUAGGGAAGCGCUAGCCUUAGUGUACGGUAUACGGAAAUUUCACCAAUAUUUAUACGGUCGUAAAUUUAUAUUGAGGACAGAUCACAAGCCGCUCACAUACAUCUUUGGUGAUAAAGUAGGCAUUCCGGUGAUGGCGGCGUCCCGUUUGCAGCGCUGGGCGAUUUUGUUGUCAGGAUAUAAUUACGAUAUUGAAUACGUACCUUCAAGUAAAAACUGUGCUGAUGCGUUAUCGAGGCUGCCGCAAGGAGGUCAAGAUCAGAAACAAAAUCAUGAGGUGACUUACCUUAAUUUUGUGGAAGAUUUUUUACCUGUAACUAACGAGCAAGUUAAGUCGGCUACGUCACGUGACGUAACUUUAAGUAGGGUGUUGGCUUAUGUGCAGUCGGGCUGGCCGACAUCGUGUCAAGAGGAAGAGAUCAAACCUUUCCUAUUAAGGCGCAACGAGAUGUAUGUAGACCGAGGCUGCUUAAUGUGGGGUUACCGGGUGGUGGUACCAGCAAUUUUGAGGGAAGCAGUUCUCAAGCAGCUUCACAUUAGUCAUAUGGGCAUAGUAAAGACUAAGGCCUUAGCCCGUAGUUACGUGUGGUGGCCCAAUAUUGACGCCGAUGUGGAAGCACAGUGUAGGCAGUGUGAGACAUGUGCCGCGGAGGCGCCGGCGCCGGCGCAUGCACCUCCAAGCCCUUGGCCAUACUCAACCCACGUCUGGAGUAGGCUACACAUAGACUUUUUGGGUCCAUUUCAGGGAAAAACGUUCUUAGUACUAAUAGAUUCGAGUUCAAAGUGGCUGGAAAUAUUCGAAAUGUCUAGGACGAACGCAGGGGCAGUAAUUAAAGAAUUAAGAGCAACUUUCGCGCGUUUUGGGUUGCCAAGAGAAUUAGUAUCGGACCAAGGUCCGCCGUUCACAAGUAAUGAAUUCAAACAUUUCCUUGCAGCUAAUGGCAUAAAACAGUCUUUCUCUCCAAUAUACCAUCCAGCAUCGAACGGGGCCGCGGAAAAUGCUGUCAAAUUAUGUAAACGUGCGAUUAGCAAGGCUAUUAGAGAGCGUACCGAUGUCGACGCGGCACUGCAGACUUAUCUCAUGGCAUACAGGAAUAGCAUACAUAGCACAACAGGGGAGAGUCCGGCCAUGCUUUUACAGCGGAGGUCGUUACGUUCACGGUUAGAUUUGCUUCGCAGCGAGAGUGCGUUGGAGAAACGGGUUAGUGCGGCUCAGCAGCGGCAGGUCGAAAACGCAGGCGGUACGCAACGUCACUUCCGUCCUGGGGACGCGGUUUGGGCUCGCGAUUAUACCGGUAACGAUAAAUGGGUUAGAGGUACUGUGCUGGGGGCCGAAGGUUCGCGGAGAUACACCUUAGAUAGCGGAAGCGGUAGAUCGGUUCUUAGGCAUGUUGAUCAAAUCAGACGGAGAUCUAGAUUAUCGACUGUACCUUGCCCCGAAGAGCUCAACGAGACUACCGAGCGGUCGCCAGGGGCUGGGGACGACGUCGCACGCUCCAGCCAGCAGACGGAAGUGGGCGAGGCAAACUCGCAGCUUUCCCAAAAGGAAGAAGUAACAAGUAAUGAAACUAGUGAGACAAAUGUGGCUUGUGUGCCUCCCCCACGCCCGUCUCCUCCGCCACAGCGGCGAUCCCCGCUGAACCUCAGGCCUUUACCGAACCGAAUCCGUAAGCUAGAGAUAGAUUAAUAUCUAUGGGUUAAAUUUAUGUGAGAGGAGCA